UAGCAGGUAUUCUUUUCUGUGCUACCAUAAUUUGGGCAGGUGACCCUUGCCCACCAAAGGCAGAGCUACCUUUCUGUACUUGUACUCGCACAUUAAUAAAGGAGGCGUCUCCCGAGUAUAAUAUGAUGCUUGGAAAAUGGCCGCAGACUGAGAUGACCACAAAAUCUACGCUAUUUUUGACGACAACUGAAAUUCCAACACAGUUUCCAGAAAAACUGAAGAAUGGAUCAUUUUACACAGUAGUACAAUGUAAAGUACCUAAGAUUUUGACUGUCUUAGAAGAAACCGUUCCAUCGGCUCUGAACAGAAAACUGGUGGAUAAAUUAAUCCUCAAGGAAGUUCCCCCGAGCAAAGAACAUACUUUGGCCAGAUUACCAAACAAUUGGCUUAAAAACGUGCGAAUCAAGCAGUUUGAGGUCCUCAAUUCUGUAUUAUCGGGAGAUUUCAUCUGGUACGGGAAUCCUUUUGAAGAACAAGUUCACAGUCUUGUUUCGUUUACGGCUUCUCGCUGCUACCUCACCGGUGCUCUCACAUACGACAUGGCCGGAACUAUCAAUACUCGUGGUCUGGAUUCUCUUUCUCGUAUUGAAGUGAUCGAUUUCUCCUAUAAUCACCUGACUGUAGUUACAGGAUCGGCCUUUCUGAAACCUCCCACAAACUUGACCACAGUUAUUCUGUCUUAUAACAGCAUUGAAAAGAUCGAAGGUAAUGCUUUCCAACAUUCACCUUUACUAAAACAUGUGAACCUGUCGCACAACCUCCUGGAAUCUGUCUCAAGAGCUAUAUUUGCUGCACCUGCUAGACAACUGGAACAUCUGGAUUUAAGCUGGAAUUCACUCACAGUGUUACCACAUGAUUUUUUUAAUAAUAUGCCAGCUUUAAGAAAAGUUAAUUUAGAGAAAAACUUCUUUUAUUCUAUGCCAAAGAAUCCAUGGGCUGUUAUCUGGACGCAACUGAAAUACUUGGACAUUACAGGUAAAAAUUUUAUCAAAUGGUGUUAA